GACGGCAAGCGAGAGUUUCCAAUGUGGUGCAGCACGUUGUUGAGCAAAGCGCAUGCUGUCCUGUGCCCUGCAAGUGUUUUGCGUUAGGGUACCACUCGCUUGGUUUUUUACGUCUAUAAGAAGCUACCCUUAAACAUGUCUGAUCAGGUGGCAACUAUGUGCGACCAGCUUAUUAAAGCUGUAAACGUGAUGAUGGAUCCGGGAACAACCCAAAUAUACCGACUGGAGGCCCUAAAGUUUUGUGAAGAGUUCAAAGAAUCCUGCACGUUUUGUGUCCCUUGUGGCUUGCAACUUGCGGAGAAAACGCAAACAUCUGUAGUGCGACAUUUUGGCUUGCAAAUAUUGGAACACGUCAUCAAGUUCCGAUGGAACGACAUGCCGCAGCCAGAGAAAGUCCAGUUGAAGAAUUGUGCCAUGCAACUAUUGUCGACUGGAACCCUCUCAAUUCUGGAGGAGGAGAGUCACAUCAAGGACGUCCUCUCCCGCAUCACAGUGGAGAUGAUCAAGAGGGAGUGGCCCCAGCACUGGCCGGACAUGCUGAAGGAGAUGGAGGCCCUCACCAGCCUCGGGGAGUCCCAGACGGAGCUGGUGAUGCUGAUCCUGCUGCGGCUGGCGGAGGACGUCAUCACCUUCCAGACACUGCCCACCCAGCGCCGUCGGGACAUCCAGCAGACCCUCACCCAGAACAUGGACAACAUCUUCAGCUUCAUCCUGGCCAUCCUGCAGAUCAACGUGGACGACUACCGCAAACUGAAAAGUAUACCGGGCCAGGAAUUGCAGGCCAAGGCUCACUGCCGUGUCGCUGUGACAACGCUGAACACGCUGGCAGGCUACAUCGACUGGAUCGCCCUGGCACACAUCACCAACGACAACUGCCGUCUGCUGGAGAUGCUCUGUCUGCUGCUGAGCGAGGGCGAGCUGCAGCUGGAGGCCGUCGAGUGCCUGCUCAUUGCCAUCAGCCGCAAGGGAAAACUGGAGGACCGUAAGCCGCUAAUGCUGCUGUUUGAUGACCUCGCCAUUAACUACAUUCUCUCCGCAGCCCAGUCAGCCGAUGGCGCAGCCAUAUCUAACCAGCCCUCGCCGACGCAGCCAGUGGAGAAGGUGGUUGUUGUGGAGCGACAUUACAUCUUCCUCAAGAGGCUGUGCCAGGUUCUCUGUGCCCUGGGCAGUCAGGUGACCUCGCUAGUGGGUUCAGACGUGGCAGUUGAAACACCUGCAAACCUCAACAAGUACAUGGAGGCCAUGCUGUCCUUUACCACACACCACAGCCAGUUCUUGAAGUCGUCCACCCAGAUCAUGUGGGGAACCCUCUUCAGACACGAGAUCCUGUCCAAAGUGCCGGUGGUCGUGGAGAUGUCCUUGAAAUACCUUAAAACGACCAGGACCAACUUAAUCAAGACGGGCUAUCCCUCAAGGAAUGACAGCCCGAGCUGUGAAUACUCCCGAAUGGACUUUGACAGCGAUGAGGAGUUUGGCUCUUUCUUCAACUUGUUCCGCAGCCAGCAGGGGGAGGUGGUGAGGAGUGCCUGUCGUUUGGUGCCCAUGGAGGCCCUGGGGGACGCCGCAGAGUGGUUAGGCUACCAGCUGUCCAGUCCCAUCAUCACCGGGAUCACUAAUGCUGAAGGGCUGUGCUCCAUUCUCUCUCCAUCGGUGGUCCAAUGGGAUGCCAUGACGGUCUUCACCGAGUGUGUUCUCGGUCAGACGUUCCGCAAUCUCACUGGAGAGAAGCUGCCCAUCGACCAGGGUAUUGAGCUCCUGCAGGCUGUGCUCAGCUAUGAGACCAAAGACCCCCUCAUCCUGUCAUGUGUGCUCACCAACAUCUCCGCCCUCUUCCCCUUCGUGACACACAGACCCAACAUCCUGCCCCAGGUCCUCACCAAGGUGUUUGCAGCGAUCGUUUUCGACAUCCCCCAAGGUGACAGCAAGGCGCCCCGGACCAGGGCGGUGAAGAACGUGAGAAGGCACGCCUGCUCCUCAAUCAUCAAGAUGUGCCGAGACUACUCCCCGUUCAUUCUGCCGUGCUUCGACAUGCUCUACGACUACGUGAAGAAGCUGUUUGCUGACGAGGGGCUGCUGAUGCAGAUGGAGAAGUGCGCUCUGAUGGAGGCGCUGGUGCUCAUCGGGAACCAGUUCAAGGACUACGCCAAACAGAAGGCCUUCCUGGAGGAGCUCAUGGCCCCCGUGGUGGCGCGCUGGACCUCCAGCGAGACCAGCCAUGUGCUGUCAGACGCGGCCGUCUUCCUGUCCUACGUGGGGGCCGACCAGGUCAGUGAGCAGACCAAGGACACGGAUGUGUACGGAAACAACAGGGUGCAGUUGAGUUACUGCCUUCAGGCCAUGCUGGCGGUGGUGAAGAGGUCGCGCUGGCCGGCCGACCUGGGCGAGGCCACAGCCGGGGGCUUCUUGGUGGGCUCCACCCCCUCUGGAGCCCCCCUCUUCAGUAACCCCUGCAGUAGCCUGGUGCUGGCCAUGCUACCCAACGUGCUAACCCUCAUCAGAACCCAAAACAACCUGUUUGCCCCAGAGAACCUUGCCCGUCUCAGUCCGGGCUACGCCAAGGCCUACGACCUCAUCGAUGUGGAGAAGAAUUGUGUUUUAGGUCUUCCCCAUCCCCUGAUAGACAUCUAUGACACUCCCGUGUACAAGGGCAACCUUGAGAGGAUGCAGGGAUUCUUCUGUACGCUCUACGAUAACUGUUAUCACAUUCUGGGGAAUGCUGGCCACUCACUGACGAGGGACUUCUACACCAUUGAUGGAUUGGCCGAGAAAUUAGUUGGAUCCGCCUUCGUCUCCCUCGACCACGUGCCUGAUCACAGAUUCCGGCCAAUCAUUCGGUUGUUUGUGAAGCAGCUGGUGCUCUCCUGCCCCCAGGAGUACUACGAAAGCCUACUCUGCCCCCUAGUGGGGCCUCUGUUCACCUACAUGCUGCAGAGGCUCAACGUCAAGUGGCAGAUCAUUAACCAGAGAUCCUCUUCCAAUGGGGAGGAGGAGGAGGAGGCAGUGUGUGAGGAGAGUCAGGUGACCCAGGAGAUGCUGGAGGAGCAGCUAGUCAGACUGGUCACCAGAGAGGUGCUUGACCUUCUCACUGUGAGCUUUAUUUCCAAGAGGGUGCACGAGCCCGCAGGCAACAAGGACGACGGAGAAGAAGAAGAGAUGAUGACAGACCUGGUGCAGACGGCGGUGUCUGGGCAGCCCGCGGAGGAUCUGACUGAGCUGGGGAAGUGUAUUCUCAAACACGAGGACAUCUACAUGAACCUGCUGACCAUCUCGUUCGUGGCACUGUCGUGGAAGGACACCAACAUCUGCCACCGAACCGCCUCCAUGAUCUGCUGGAACUUGCUUAGACAGGUCGUCGGGGGCAACCUCCUUCCGGACGCGGCCACAUGGUUCCUCAUCAGCACCCUGAAGGGCCUGCAGCUCCACGGGCAGCACGAGGUGUGCUGCGCCACCCUCACCCUGCUGGCCAUGCUCAUCUACGAGAACCUGCGGCCGCGCUAUGCAGAGCUACGAGCAGUGAUGAGCCAGAUCCCAGACAUCAACAUGGAGGCGCUCGAUCAGUACGACCAUCGGCUCCUGGACCCCAAAGCCCAGAAGUUCGGAGACAAGAAAAGAAAAGACCAGUUCAAAAAGCUCAUUGCAGGCACCAUCGGGAAAGCGCUGUGCGAGCAGUUCAGGAAGGAGGUCCACAUCCGCAACCUGCCGUCGCUGUUCAAGAAGCCCAAGCCUGAGAGAGACCUUCUGGCCACCGAGGCGCUGGGCUUGGAGGCCCUCUUCUCCCCCCAACGGGCCAGUGUGUAGUGUGUGUGUGUGUGUAGUGUGUGUGUAGUGUGUGUGUGUGUGUGUGUGUGUGUGUGUGUGUGUGGCCAAAAAUCCUCCUGCCCCCUCUACUCCUCCAACUCCUACUGCAGCCACCCCACGUGUAGACCCCCCCACCAGGGACCCCUCUAUCAUAGACACCAGAACGGGGGUAUGAUACCUCGUUAAAAUUUCCAUUCUCAUUUAUAUUUUUUUAUAUUUUUGUUUAACACUUUUUUUUUCUUCGAUACUUCUAGUUUUUUGAUGUGCUUGAUCUGGUAUGGGUCAGGCUGUUAUAGUUGGGUUAGUUAUUUUGUCUUUUAUUAUUAUUCCUACUUUUAAUCCCAGGUUGCUAACGGAGAUAAUUGUUCUGUCUUGCGUCUUGUGUCAUGGUGUUAUUUAUUUGUGAUUUAUUUCAUCCAAAUUCCGAUUUUUGCUAAACCAAAUUGGUCAUGAAAUAAUGACACUUUGUUGGUUUUAGGAGACAAUUGCUGCUGUUAACCAUCUAAUAAGUGUGCUGUUUUUAUAAUCAUACAAUACUUAUUAUACUUUACAAUUAUUGACAACAAAUUUGCUAGUGUUAAGUACCACGGUGGCCGCUGAAUGAAUGAUGCCCAUUGCUCAUAUUGACCGACUCGCUCAUCUGUGUUUUUGAGGAUUUUAAAUUUCAGGUAAAACUGAUGAUGCUACGCUUGACACAUUCAAAAAAGCUCUAUAGCAUCACGAGGUUGAAAUUCUGUUUUUUAAUGUGAGGCACUGUACAUUUUUCGUCUGUAAAGAUAACCAAUGUGGCUAUUUGGCUUUAUUGAAAGUGCUGUGCCUGCACAUUAAACUGUCUGAAUUGUUGGUUUCUUUUACAUUCUCUAGCGAGAUUCAUAAUCAGUUUGUACCAAAACAAAACACUAUACAUAUCAGCCAUUAACCUUCUGCACUGCUGGAAACCAGUUUGGAAACAGAAUUGGUUUCAGAUCGCUACUUUCCUACAUCUUGAUAUAAUAAAUGGUUAGUUUGAUCAUAAAACAUAUAAGGGUGUACUUUACAAUAAAUCGUGAGUUAGUAACAUUUUGAAGUCAAUACAUUAUAUUCCUUUGUUUAAGGGAUUGUAUUGAGGAAUGUUUUUUUCUUUUACAUUGUGCUCUAAUUGAGUAGACAUCGGAAUGCACUUUGUGUUUUUUCUAGAUGUUCAUUUAAUAUCAAAGAUUCUUUCAGGUUCCCUGUCAUCAAGGCUUUUAUAUAGAAUAUGAAAUGACAUCCUAGUUCAUUAGUACAACUUUAUCAGGAAUAAGAAAUGAUCCAAGAAGUUUGUUAACAUGGCAGAAACAAAAGUUGUCAAUUGUAUAUAUGGGGAAAUGUUUAACGUGUAGUGAUGUUUAUAUUUGCCAUUUCCAAAUAAAACAAUUCAAACCCUGUCAAA